GUGGUGGCGGCGCGAGACAGGGAGGCGCCGCGAGAAGGGUCGUGGAGCGCGGCACGGCGCCACUCGCGUCACGCGGCCCACGGCGCGGCGCGAGCGGAGCGGCGGCGGCAGUCACUCGCGAGCUCCGCACCGAGUCGCACGUCUGUCGUUCGCCGCGACCGAGUGUGCGCCGACGAUCGUCCGCCGCCGUCGGCAUCUGUCGCUUGUUGUCGUCCAGUGUGGCGAGAGUGCGUCACCUCGCAUCAGCCGGUGUCGGCGAGUGUGUGUAUACUGUGGAAGUGCAUUGUUUGGUUGGUGGUGUGAAGCCGGUGGUGCGGGACGGUGCUGUGUGAUGGUCCGCGUUGCGAUGCGGCCGCCGCUGUGGCGCAGCGUUCGCGGCAGGUGAAGUCGGGCGCGGAUGGGGCGCGCGGCGCUGGCGCUGCUGGCGGCCGCGGCAUUGGCGGUGGCAGCGGCGGCUGGCUGUGGCGGCGGCGUACCGGGCUGCACGUGCAGCGAUGGUGGAGCGCAGCUCGAGUGCCGCGCCGCCGGUCUGCGCCGCCUGCCGCCGCUGCACGACCAUCUGCUCUACCUAGACGUGUCCAACAACAACAUCAGCUCGUUGCCGCGCGACGCGCUGCGCCCCGCCGCCGCCCUGCGCGACCUGAACCUGUCCUCGAAUCGGCUGGAGUGGGUGCCGCGCGGUGCGCUGAGCGGCGCGGCGCUGGCGCGGCUGUGGCUGGACCGCUGCGCGCUGCGCCGCCUGCCCGCGCAUGCGCUCGCCGACCUGCGACAUCUCCACUACUUGUCGGCCGAGGACAAUCUGAUCGCAGAGGUGGAGGGCGAGGAGCUGGCGGGCGCGCGGGCGCUGCGCACGCUGCGGCUCGCACGCAAUCUGCUGCGCGCCGUACCUGCGCGCGCGCUCGCACCGCUCGACCAUCUGCAGACACUGAACCUGGCGGGCAACCUGAUCACGGAGCUGACGGAGUGGUCGCUGCCGCCGCUGCCCGCGCUGCACACGCUGGUGCUGAAGCGGAACCGGAUCGCGCACGUCGAGGACCGCGCCUUCGUCAACACGCCCAACCUGCGAGUGCUUAGACUGGAGGAGAACCUGCUGACGCAGCUGCCGCCUGCCGUGCAGCUGCUGCCUUCGCUCGAGGAUCUGUCGGUGGCGAGCAACCGGGUGGAACAGGUGGAGUCAGGCGUGCUGCAGCCGUGCCGGCGUCUCACGCGGCUGGAGUUGCGCGCUAACCCGCUCACGAACGUGCACCCGCGUGCGCUUACACACCUGCCGCAUCUCAGCACGCUAAUAUUGUCGGAGGCGCGGGGGCUGCGCUCGCUGCCGUCGCUGAACGGGUCAGUGCGCGUGCGCACACUUCGCGUGGAUCGCGCGCGCCUCGCGCGGCUUCCGCCUGACUUGUGUCUGCACACGCCGCAACUACGAUCACUGGAAGUGAAGUGGAACCAUCUGGACCGCGUGCCUGACCUGCACGCCUGCUCCGAGCUGCGGCUGCUUGACCUAUCCGGCAACGAAAUUACGUCGUUGAGCGGCGCAGCGCUGCGCGGACUGGACCGACUGCGCGACUUGCUUCUGGCGCGAAACCGCCUGCGCCGCCUUACAGCCGACGCGUUCCUGCAUACCCCCGACUUGCAGAUGUUGAACCUGGAGGAGAACCAGAUCGAGCACAUCGACAUGGAGACGUUCGUGCCCAUCUCCAAGCUCGAGGAUCUGAACUUGGGCAACAACGUGUUCCCGUGGUUGCCGGCGAGCGGGCUGCAGCGCCUGCUGCAUCUCAAGGCGCACAACAACCUCCACCUGCGACACUUCCACCCGCCGGAGCUCUUCCCGCGGAUACAGACGCUGGUGUUGUCGUAUGCGUACCACUGCUGCGAGUUCCUGCCGCUAAUGGAGGGCGUGAGCGGCGGCGGGGGCGGCGGGGGCGGCGGCGCGGAGGCGGAGAGCGCGGACGACGAGGGGCCCACCGACCUGGUCAUAGUGCCGCCGCAGCACGUGGACGCCGCCGCCUGGGCCAACGCCACCGACGUCUGGGCGCACCUGAACGUGUCAGCGCUGGGCGGCAGCCGCUGGCAGGCGAUGUUGGAGAGCUGGGGUGCUGGAGGCACGGGGGGCACCUCCGCCGCCGACGACGAGCUGUGGCACGCCACCGACCUGCGCGUCGAGCCUCCGCGGCGCGUGCAGUGUCUGCCGCUGCCAGGUCCGUUCCUUCCGUGCGUGGACCUGUUCGACUGGUGGACGCUGCGGUGCGGCGUGUGGGCUGUGUUCCUGCUGGCGCUGCUUGGCAACGGCACCGUCGUGUUCGUACUGGUGUGCAGCCGCAGCCGCAUUGACGUUCCGCGCUUCCUCGUCACCAACCUCGCCGCUGCUGACUUCUUCAUGGGCAUCUAUCUGGGGUUCCUGGCAGUGGUAGACGCGGGCACGCUGGGCGAGUUUCGCGCACACGCAAUCGCGUGGCAGAUGUCGGGUGGCUGCCGGCUGGCGGGCUUCCUGGGCGUGCUCUCGUCGGAGCUGUCCGUGUACACGCUCGCCGUCAUCACACUGGAGCGCAACUACGCGAUCACGCACGCCAUGCACCUCAACAAGCGGCUGUCGCUGCGGCACGCCGCGUUCGUCAUGGCGGCCGGCUGGGCGUUCUCGCUGACAGCGGCCGCGCUGCCGCUCCUCGGCGUGUCCGACUACCGCAAGUUCGCAGUGUGUCUGCCCUUCGAGACAAGCACGCCGGUCGCGCUUGGCUACGUGGUGACGCUGCUCGCCAUCAACGGCGUCGCAUUCCUCGUGCUGCUCGGCUGCUACCUCAAGAUGUACUGCGCCAUCCGUGGCUCGCAAGCCUGGAAUUCUAACGACUCGCGUAUCGCGAAACGCAUGGCGCUGCUCGUCUUUACUGACUUCCUCUGCUGGUCGCCGAUAGCUUUCUUCGCUUUAACGGCCGCCUUCGGCGCGCAGCUGGUUUCCCUCGAAGAGGCGAAGGUGUUCACCGUGUUCGUGUUGCCGCUCAACUCGUGCUGCAAUCCAUUUCUUUACGCUAUACUCACGAAGCAAUUCAAAAAGGACUGCGCGCUCGUAUGCAAGGCUAUAGAGGAGUCGCGAGUCACGCGAGGCAUCGGCCGCUGUCGGCACUCAUCCAAUUUUAGUAACAGACAAACGCCCGCGAACACGAACAGUCUCGCGGAGCGGUCCUCCCGCGGUCAGCACGGCGCUGCUUGCGCGUGCCGCCGCCUACUGCCGGCCGGGGGCGGCGGCGGCACCGUCGGCACGGGCGCGGCCGACGGACCCGCGCGGGAGCCCGCCAGUGGGGAGCGACUACUGCGUUGGUUGCGCGCAUGCGGCCGCCGCUCGACGCCGGCCCCCGCGCCCGCGCCUCGCCAGCCCGCGGCGGCGCCGGCGCGCGCCGGUUCCGUAUCAUCGUCGGUGGAGUUCUCGUCGUCGCGGUCGGACUCAUGGCGCACUUACGGCCGGCCCCCGCCACCGCCUCGCCGCGCUGCCUCGUGGCUAGUCGCGCGCAAAACAUCGCAGGACUCGAAUCUGUCGUCAUCGCGCAACGACUCGUCCGGGUCGAACGCGACCGCGUCGACGGGCACGUGGCGCACGUCGCGGUCCGGCGGCAGCGCGUCGGCGGCGCCGGGCGCGGGGGUGGCGGGCGCGGGGCCGGGGGCGGGCGCGGGCCGGCCUCGCCUCACGCGCCAGCCGGCCGUGUCCGCGGACGAGCCGCCGCUGUCGCCGCCGGCGCUACCGGCGCCGCGCCACCUGCACACGAUCCCCUCGGCGGCGGAGGCAGAGCUGCAGCAGGAGGAGCCGGAGUCGCGCUGAGGGAGGUGCCCGCCCCCCACGCAAUCCAUUCCUCGCGCCACCCGAUCUAGCCCCCGCCGACGUCGCAAUCCGAAGGAGUGUCUUAUAGAGCCGUCCAUUAGAAUGCAUUCGCCGUCAGUACACGACGAUUCUGUUUCUCUCUCCGCAUGGUUUAGGUGGCCGGCGACUACAUUCGUCCGCAAUUGCCCGCUCACUGCUGCCGUUCGUUACGUUUGAGCGUCAAAUGUUGCGAGUACUUCGGGUACCUUUAUUGACAAAUAAAUUAACAACUAAGUAAUAUAAUAUUGUACAGUAUUAACACGUCCAUGACGUCGGCACGCGUCGGUCACGUGGGUCAUGUAAAUGAAGUAUUAUGAAAAAUAAUUAUUUAUUUAGGAAAAAUUUAUAACGUUAAUCUAUAAUUAAAAACAUAAUAUAACAAACGACAUGAUGUAUACUAGCGCGGCUCAGCCGACUGCGCGGAUGUAGUGUACAAUGACACCGACACUAGGUGAGCUAGCGAACUAGCUAAUUGUAAGUGUAGUACUAGGUCGUUUCGUAGUAUACGUUGGUAGGUUUUGUAUGUGGACAAAGGUCCUAGACUCGUAGUGGAAGCCAGAGACGGCUUCAGAGUGCCAAUUAUAAUGCGUAUAAGUUAGUAAAAUAAUGUUCUCGCGAGCAUUUCUAGUUCUGACGCGACGCCCGAGUGACCAGCUCCAAGCUUAGAGCAGUGACAAUACACGAUGCAGGACAUAUUAUUAUGCCGUCAAAUACAUGUGAUGGCAUCACGUGCAGUAAAUGACUCUGCUAAAUACAAUUGCAAGCCUUCUCGGCUAGCAUCGUGUAGGUAUCCGGCGCAUGUAGAGUCAACCAAAACAAUUACGCCUGGCCUUAGUCUUUGUGUAGGGCACACGCCACACACGGGUAUCAAGAUCAACAAGACAGUGUGCAACGUCGGACGAACCGGGAUAGUUUUGCAACAAACACGUUACAAUUGUCAGGGGUGUAUGUGGCGGGCGACAUAAAAUGAAUACUAUUAUACGUCUGUGGAUAAUACUUAUAAACAGUAUAAUAUAUACCUAUAAAGAGCUCGUGCGUGCGCGCCACUCGCCGCGACGAAUCAAACAAUGCUCACGGGGCGCACCGGCGUCUUUGUUUGUUAAAUAUUUGUAAUAAUUUUAUAUUCUAUUUGUACCUUAGUCUUAAGUGUACAUACACAUGUCUAUUUAUUGAAGUGCCCGAGUGUAGAGUGGAUGAGAGUGCUAUUUAUUUUAUAUUACUGUAUCCUUAAUUAAACGAAACAAUUCAACGAU